CAAUAAUUUUCCUUCAAGAAACUCCAAAAUCGUUCAAUUAGUUCAUCUUUUUAUCCUGUCUGAAUCUGCAGAAUCGAAGGAGAUGGAGGAAUCUGAAGCAGGAAGGUAUUGGUGUUACCAGUGCUUGAAGAUGGUGAACCCGAUCUUGGAGGAGGUGGAGGCUUUGACCUGCCCGGUUUGCCUGACCGGGUUCUUGGAGCUAAGGGAAUCUGCGGUGGAAUCUGGUGAUGCUUCUUCCCCAGAUUUGUCGCAGAUGCUCGCGGCGGUGCUGGAAAACCUCCGCGAGCUGUACAGUGUCGUGUUGGAAGGCCGUGGGGCCCAGGGAGACCGGAACGGUGACCGGGAUGUGUCGAGAGGGAGCGCGUCUGCCCUAGUUGAAACCCUAACGACCGAAUCGCCGAAUCUCGAGAUGGAAGGUGAUCGUAUGGCUAGGAAUGGUCUUGUCGGGGAGAAUGGAAGCGUCGGUAAUUGGGAUGAUGCUGUUCCCGGGGCCGUGCGGGGCCCUCCACCUGCCAGAAUCUUAAAUGUAUUGCUGAAUCCCGGACGGGGUGAUGAUGUGGGGGAUCGCGGCAAUGAGGGCGAAAAUGACUUGACUUUGAGAUUUGCAGUUUCCGUUCUCCGGACCCUACGAGCCAUUAGAACUGAAACCCCAACCGAACCAUUGAAUCCCGAAGGGGAUAAUAGUGAUGAUGGUGAUGCUGAGAAUGAUGAGAACAAUGGGACCUCUGCAGCCGCCGCCAUUAUCCAGCUCCUUCAAAAUCAAGUUAAUGAAACCCUAUCCGAAUUGCCCAACCCCGAUGAGGGCUCCCGUGGUCGAAACGGAAGUAACCGAGGAAACGGGCAACGACAAAUAGGCACAUUUGGGGAUUAUUUCCUUGGUCCCAACUUUGACGCCAUCAUGGAGCUCCUAGCGGAGAAUGACCGGAACCAAUACGGGACCCCGCCUGCCCGGAAGGACGCGGUGGCAGGGUUGCCCGAUGUCACUGUCGAGGACGACCUGUACCCUAACGGGUCUUCCGGGAGUUGUACCGUUUGCUUUGAAGAGUUUCGGGCUGGAACCGUAGUGAAGGAGAUGCCCUGCAAGCAUAGGUUCCAUAGUGACUGUAUCUUACCAUGGUUAGACCUCCAUAGUUCUUGCCCGGUCUGUCGGUACCGGUUGCCCACCGAGGAGGAAUCGAAACCCGAAGCGGCCGAGAGGGACGACGGGUCCCGGGAUGACAUGAGCAGCAGUUCGAGAAGAGAUGGAGAAGAGAGUGAUGGGAGUGGUACACGUGGUGGCCGGCGGUGGGUUUGGGGGCCGUUUGUGUGGCCUUUUUAGUUAGUUUGGAGUUUUCGGUCCCCUUUUUUAGUUUGCAUAUAUGCUUUAGGUACUGUUUGGGUUAUUGUGAAACCAGGCUUUAUUGCGAUUCUGUUAUGGGUUUAUU